AGAGCAUCAAAAAGAAAGAGAUGGCUCAGCGCGAGACAGGGUCUUCCACCCACCAAACUCCUUACAGAUGCAUUGAAGCCUAAGGAAUCACACACACACACACACAAUCAUACCUGUCGGCAAGAGAUGCAAUUGCAGACAAAGUGAGCUUGUGCGCUUCUACACAGUGGUUUCAGUUUUGGUUCGCGCUGUCGGAGAAUCAAGUGAGACUCCAGAGUGUUAAUUCGGCUGAAGUUAAGCUUGGACUCACGAGAGAUCUGAAUCAAGCGCUGGUCUGGUGGGAGGAAGGGUGAUUCGUCUCAUAGGAUCCAAUGUUGGUCCAAGAUCGGUCAGCUCCUAAAUCUCCUAAGCCCCAUGCGAGAACUAUACCUAAGCUUCCCACAGAUCGCUUCUCUGAGUCCAAAAACCUUGAUUGCUCCGCAUGGGUGUCCGACAAUCUCUUUAAAAUCACUGCAGUCUUUCUCCUAAUUGUCACUGUUGCAGCAUUAUUUUUCCUCCGCAAUGUUGGCGACACGGCUGCGCUGCUAUGCUUCGAAAAAAAGGCCAUAGACCUCGAAAAGAUCGAAUUUCCACAUAUUAACUGGAAUUCGAUUGCUCCAAUCACGGAUAAGACCUCCAGAUACGCAAAUUUUCGAUCAGAGCGGUGGAUCGUUGUCUCAGUGUCGAAUUAUCCCACAGAUUCACUUCGCAAUCUCGUCAAGAUUAAGGGGUGGCAAGUGCUGGCAGUGGGGAACUCAAAAACGCCGUCGGAUUGGAGCUUAAAAGGUGCUAUCUUUUUGUCAUUAGAGGAACAAGCCACUUUGGGGUUUCGGGUAGUGGAUUAUCUUCCUUAUGAUUCAUACGUUAGGAAAACUGUUGGUUAUCUCUUUGCCAUUCAGCAUGGCGCUAAAAAGAUCUUCGAUGCUGAUAAUAGGGGCGAUGUAAUUGAUGGGGAUCUUGGUAAGCAUUUUGAUGUAGAAUUGAUUGGCGAGGGUGCCAGGCAAGAGAUUAUAUUACAGUACAGCCACGACAAUCCAAAUCGAACUGUUGUGAAUCCAUAUAUUCACUUUGGGCAGCGUUCGGUUUGGCCUAGAGGAAUGCCAUUGGAAAAUGUUGGUGAAAUUACGCAUGAAGAAUUUUACACAGAGGUCUUUGGGGGAAAACAGUUUAUACAGCAGGGACUUUCAAAUGGGCUUCCUGAUGUUGAUUCCGUGUUUUAUUAUACACGUAAGUCCAGCUUUGAAGCUUUUGACAUUCGAUUUGACGAACAUGCCCUAAAAGUGGCGCUGCCACAAGGUAUGAUGGCGCCUGUUAAUUCCUUUAAUACAUUGUACCAUUCUUCAGCAUUUUGGGCUUUGAUGCUUCCAGUUUCUGUUAGCACCAUGGCUUCUGAUGUGAUAAGAGGAUACUGGGGACAGAGGCUUCUUUGGGAAGUUGGUGGUUAUCUUGUAUUUUAUCCCCCUACACUGCAUAGAUAUGAUAGGGUUGAGGCUUAUCCAUUCUCACAUGAGAAAGAUCUUCAUGUCAAUGUGGGACGUCUAAUCAAGUACUUGAUUUCAUGGAGAUCAAAUAAACAUAGAUUGUUUGAGAAGAUUUUGGAGUUAAGCUACAUGAUGGCAGAGGAGGGCUUUUGGACAGAUAAGGACGUGAAGCUUACCGCUGCUUGGUUACAGGACUUGCUCGCUGUUGGAUAUCAACAGCCAAGAUUGAUGUCAUUGGAGUUGGGACGUCCAAGAGCAAAUAUUGGUCAUGGUGAUAGAAGGGAGUUUAUACCACAAAAGUUGCCAUCUGUUCAUCUUGGGGUUGAGGAAACUGGAACGGUAAAUUAUGAGAUUGCUAAUUUAAUCAAAUGGAGGAAAACUUUUGGGAAUGUUGUGCUUAUCAUGUAUUGUAGUGGCCCAGUGGAGCGUACAGCUCUUGAGUGGAGGUUGCUUUAUGGGCGUAUAUUCAGAACUGUUGUCAUUUUGUCAGAAAAGAAGGAUACCGAUCUUGCUGUGGCAGAGAGCCAUUUAGAGAAAGCGUACAAGCACCUGCCAGAAGUAUUUGAUCAAUUCAGCAGUGCUGAAGGAUUUCUGUUCCUGCAAGAUAAUACCAUUCUUAACUAUUGGAACUUGCUGCAAGCUGACAAAACCAAGCUGUGGAUCACUAACAAGGUAUCGAAGUCUUGGACUACAGUUACAAUCAAUGACAACUCAGAUUGGUUUUCAAAACAAGCAGGCAUGGUCCAGAAGGUUGUCAGCACACUGCCAGUUCACUUUCAAGUCAAUUACAAAGAAACUCUAACAAGCGAGAAGAACCUCCUAAUAUGUAGCUCUGAGGUAUUCUAUAUUCCUCAGCGCUUUGUGGGUGACUUUGUUGAGCUUGUUAAUCUAGUGGACGAUCUGGAGAUUCAUCAGAAGGUUGCAAUUCCUAUGUUCUUUAUAUCCUUAGACUCUCCCCAGAAUUUUGACUCUGUUCUCAACACUAUGACCUACAAGAGUAAGCCCCCAGCCAACUCCUCCACUCUUUAUUCUGCUAAUGUACCUGCUGUUCAUCCAUGGAAUGUGUCAAGCGAGCAAGAUUUUAUAAAGCUUAUCAGAAUAAUGGCAGAAGGGGAUCCCCUAUUAAUGGAGUUAGUUUGAUUGUAGGAAUAUUAUAAGACGAGAGACAGCACGCAAAGAAACACAUUACACUCAGUUAAUUGUUACGAAUGACAGUCUUUUUGUUUUUCCUUACGAAAUAUUCUAGAAAGGGAUUAUUUUCCCUAUUUUCUUUCCAGUUUUCCCUUCAUUGUAGAUCUGCCUUGUAUAAUUCAUUUCUUUUGGUUGUUUGUUCCAGAGAGGGAAAUGUAUUAAAUUCUUUGCCCCCUUAUUUUGUGAAAAUCUGAAAUAUGAGAAUUCAUUUGUAUCCAAUGCCGUUACUCAAGCUCUCAAUUGAAAGCUUCUCUUCUUGCAGUAA